AUGAGGAAAAGCGAGGUGCUGGCUGCAGAGUCCGUGGCCUGUCUGAACAAAGCGCUGGGUCACCUUCGGGAUAUCUGGGAGGAGAUUGGGAUCCCUGAGGAGCAGCGACUGCAACGAACAGAAGUGGUGAAGAAGCACAUCAAGGGUCUGCUGGACAUGAUGGUGGCUGAGGAGGAGAACCUGAAGGAGCGUCUCCUGAAAAGCAUUGCUAUGUGUCGCAAGGAACUGGACACUCUCUGCAAGGAGCUCCAGCUGGAUCCAUUUGAGGAGGAGGAGGAGAGCACCAUCCUGCAGCUGGAGAAGGACUUGCGCACCCGCCUGGAAGUGAUGCUGAAGCAGAAGAGAGAGAGGAAGCAGGAGCUGAAAACUCUGCAAGAACGCGACCAAGACUUGUGUGACCUUCUCUGCAUGACUCCCUACAGCAUCGACAGCAACUCCGUGCCCAGCCUGGAGGAGCUCGACUGCUUCAGAUGCCACCUGGCAGCACUGGCUGCUGAGAAGGAGCGCAGGAGAGAGGAGUUCGUCAGGGUCAAACGGCAGAUCAUUCUGUGCAUGGAGGAGCUGGAUCAUGUCCCUGACACCAGCUUCGAGCGGGAUGUGGUGUGUGAGGAUGAGGACGCCUUCUGCCUAUCUAUGGAGAACAUUGCUGCUCUUAAAGAGCUGCUGCAGCAGCUGGAGGCCCGGAGAGCUUUAAAUGAAGCUGUUUGCGGUGAGCUGCGCUCCAGAAUUGUGGAGCUCUGGGACAGGCUGCAGGUGCCUGCGGAGGAGAGAGAAGCCUUUGCCACAUACAUGACCGGAUCCAGAGCCAAAACCAGGAAAGCCCUGCAGUUCGAGGUGGACCGUCUGGAGGAGCUGAAGCUGCAGAACAUGAAGACUGUGAUUGAAGCAAUCCGAGCAGAGCUGGCCGCUUACUGGGACAAAUGCUUUUACGGCACUGAGCAGAGACAAGCUUUUGCCCCUUACUACGAGGAGGACUGCACCGAGGCCCUGCUGCAGCUCCACGACGCUGAGGUGGGGCAUGUGAAGCAUUACUACGAGACACACAAAGAGCUCUUUGAAGCUGUUCAGAAAUGGGAGGAAAACUGGAGGCUUUUCCUGGAGCUGGAGAGAAAAGCAACGGACCCAAGUCGCUUUGCUAACCGAGGGGGCAACCUCCUGAAGGAAGAAAAGCAGCGAGCGAAACUGCAGAAGACUCUCCCCAAACUGGAGGAGGAGCUGAAAGUUCGGGUUGAGGCCUGGGAACGGGAGCAUGAGGAGGCCUUCUUGGUGAAUGGGCAGCGAUUCAUGGAAUACGUGAGCGAGCAAUGGCAGCUGCAUCGGCUGGAGAAAGAGAAGGAGAAGCAGGAACGGCAACUGAAGAAGAGUCGUCAGAUUGAGGAGGAGAUGCUGUAUGGCAGCGUCCCGAGGACACCCAGCAAGCGCCGGGUCCUAGGCGCCAACACGCCUGGCAAAGUGAGGAAGCUCAAUGCAACUUCCUGUACCACUCCCAACAGCACAUUCCGUUCUGCCUUUGGGGGGACGCUCUUCCACUCCCCGGUGUCCCGCCCACCACCCUCCGGAGGCAAGCUCGGCCAGCCUGCUCGGACCCCCAGCCGCGUGGCCAUGAAGCCCCCUCGCACGGCACAUGCAGAACGGAACAAGGAGAACAUGUCCCAGUUGAAUGGAACCACCCUGAGCGGUGGGUGCACCCCCACAGCCCCUGCCCAGCGUAACUACAGCAUUAACUCUGUUGCCAGCACCUAUUCUGAGUUUGCGCGCGAACUUUCAAAGGCUUCCAAAUCUGACACCAGCUCCCGGAUCCUGAACUCCACAACCACCCACAUCCACUGCUGA